GGUCAGCCAUAACAAUAACAUAUGAGAAAGCUCUCCGAAGUGAAUAAUUGUUACUACGACUACAAGAUAUUGUUUUUCGCACAGUAGCGUCUUCAUUCCUUUCAACUUGUCAACAUCCUCGACCUUUGAAGAUGUCCGAAUAACAUCUCCACACCACAACCCCAGAUUGAAGACAUGUCUCGAAAUAUUUUGAUCCUUGUUUUCAUCAUUGCCAUUUGUUUUGCAAAUAACGUCACAUCCAAAAAGAUUGCGCUUACUGGCUUCAAGCUUAAGAAUUCUUCUCCAACCAAAACUUCCAUUUCGACAAGCAUCAAAGUCUCCACAGGAGCACCUGCGCCAACCACUCCUCCGAAAAAAUUGGAUUAUCCAAAAUUUCAAGUCGCCAAACGAAUAACAGUGGUAGAGUCAUGCGGGAACUACCAAAUUCCAAAUUUUGAUCUCGAGUUAUAUGACGGAGAAACUUGUCAGGUCGACGAAAAUGGAUUAAUGUUUGGAGUUUGCUUUGCUGAUAUGUCAAAUCCGACUGAAUGUGGUUGGCCAGGAGUCUGCGUCGACAGCCAUGCUUGUACAAGUAGUUGUGGAAGAACAACAGUUCCAAAUAUUGAUGCUACAACUUGCGGCCAACACAAAGAUGGAAACGAUUAUUGCGCGAUGUGGUAUCUCGUAUCGGAUACAUAUGUCUAUACAUCCAUCACAUGUAGUGAUAAACAAAGCUGGCAAACUUGGGACGCUACUUUUGUCACACCAAUUUCUGUAGAUCUUGCUACCAAUUUUCCUACCACUUCAACAACGUCAACCACGCCAGAAACUUCAGAAACGUCAGCAACGCCGGAAUCUACAUUGCCAUCAAAAAGUUCAAGCACACUGACCAUCUCAAUUGGAAGCCCAAGCGACGAAGGUGAUAACACUGUCAAUACAGAUUCUUCAGAUAGUAAUCAUUCCUUGGGUGCCAUCAUUGGUGGAAUUGUCGGUGGAAUUGGUGCUGUCUCGAUUUUGGGGGUUCUUGCCUGGUUCUUUCAUCGUCGAAGAGAGUCGAAGAAAAGAGCCAGCAGAGCACUUGCAUUCGAUCCUGGACAUUCUUCUUCCGACGACCAUGUCCCACCCAACGCAAUGAGUGCUACUCAAGCGGGAUCAGUUCAUCACUCCAUCAGGUCGUCGAAGCCUCCCGGAAGCCCUAACCAAGCAUAUGUCCCAACGGGAUAUGUGGAUAGUCCACUUGCCAGUCCGAAAAUUGAUGAUGAUAGUAUACAUACCGGUGGAAUAUUGACUCCAAGCGCCAUGAGUCCAAGCAUGAGUCCGAGUCUCAUGGUACCGGGUGACGCACCAAGUAUACAUAGCGCCUAUGCUGAUCAGCCUGUGUUCGAAAUGCAUGCUGAUCAGGUUAUUCAUGAGAUGCCUGCCGAUCCCAUCGGACCUAAAGAGUUACCAGCAUAAAGGUCAAGUGAUUUUGACUAUGCAUCGUCUGCGGAGUUGGGGACCAUUGAAGGGGGUGAUUACCUUGGGUGGUUUUUUUGAAGGUUGCACUGCACAUAUGGAGUUUUUAGGAAGUUGGAGCUUGUUAAUGGGUCGAGUCUUUCGAAGGUUCAUAUUUGGAGUUUUCUAGGGCUGCCUAUUUCAUGGCUGGGUGGAAAUGGACACACAGUUUCGUUUCGACAUGGUUUCGAAUAUAAUGGAUAAUGGAUUCGUAGGUAAUUCUCGGAAUUUAUUCAGGAUUACUCAGAGUCUUCUUCUUGGAGUUGCCUCGUUGGGUAAUCCUAUGAUAUAGCUCUCAGAUUUCCUAGCCAAUUAGAUGAUACAAAACGACGAAUAAUUAGGGUUUAUAAACUCAAAGGACAGGUUAAUAACCUCACGUGCAAUUCCAAGCUCACUUGUUUCGAGAGUGAAGAGAUGAGCAUAUAUGUAAAUGAAGGAGUAUAGCCUGCCACUGUGAGAUCUUAAAAAGGCAUAACGUUGAACUCACUCUCAAGUCCUGGUGGCCGCUGUCAAGAAGUAGGUGCGUGCAAAUGUACAAGACAUCAUAAUCUCCUCACUGAUCCCAACUCCCUCUCGCCCUACACGUGAUGAUAGCAAAGCCUACCCCGCUUUUAGCCCGUCUUCAAGUCCUUAUCUUUUCAAUCUUACAUUAACCUUAC